CUCUCGCUCUCUCUCUCUCACGUCUCCUUUUCUCUAGCCUAGCCGAUGCAGAGAGGUGUUCAGCGGUCAGGAAACAGCACACAGAGCGCGCUCCACGCUUAGAUGCGCUCUCUCUCUCUCCAUCGCUCCCAUUCUGGGACUGGAGCAUAGGUCGUUGCAUUGGCUACCUCUCGCUCUCUCCGUCUACGUAGAUUUUUGCCGUCUAUGUGAUAGUACUGGCAGUCAGUCAAUUCGGUCUGUGGAUUUGCGUGUGUUUUUGUUGUUGUCGUUGAUGAUGUUCUAUAUCGGCGCACCUGUGUGUAUGGCAUCGCUAUCUUAAUGCGCGGUCGGGUAUAGCGUGUUGCGAAUGGGGGGGGUGGGGUGGGGGGGAUAACCGAGGAUAAGACAGCAGUUUUUAUUUCCCUGUGUUAUAUAUUACACAAGGGCUGUGGGGGGGGGGAACAACAACCCAUCUUAAUUGUGAACCUUGUCGCAAGGUGUCGAAUUUGGCGUGCGCACGAGCAAAUAAAAUGAGCUGCGAUAUUGUCACCAAGAUGGGAAUUUUAUGAUUUUUUUUAAGAAAAAUUCUCAUUAAUUUUGCGUCUUUAUAUCUUGUUUUCCCUCUCCACCACCCACCCCCCUAUUGUGGCUCAGCAACAGACACAGAAUAAUAUAUAUAUUAAAAAAAAAACCCAGAGAGACUGGAUGUUGUUAUCAGGGCUGUUACAGGGUCCCUGCCCUCUCGGCAGCGCUGAAGCCACGCUGCCGCAUGACGAGGAGGCUUUCCAUUCGCGUCCCGUCUCCUCCGACCGCCGGCGUUCACCGAGAACAUAGCGAGGGAAGGAGGACACGGCAGAGGCGAAGCAGGGGGCUGAAGAGAAGAGAGCUUCCGCUGGAGAGAGGACAUCCGACCAUCAAUCUCCAGCGCCGCGCCUACCCGCGGGCCAGCCACUGACUGAAUUUGCUCGGGCAGCAAAAAACAGGACUCACCACCACCACCACCAUCAUCAUCACCAUCAAUUUAAUUAAGAGCAGCAGCAGCGGCGGCGGCAGCAGCAUCAGCAGUAAAGCAGCCUGGCGAAGACGGCGAGAUCUAGGGCUGGUAAUAAAAUUAAUCAUAAAUUAUAACGUGGAUCGACGCGUCUCCUCUCUGAUCGUCAGCCGCCUCCGCCAUCCAGACGCAUGAUCAGCUCAGUGUGCGUGUCGUCGUUCCGAGGACGCAAGUCCGGCAACAAGCCGCCGUCAAAGACAUGCCUGAAGGGCGAGAUGGCCAAGAGCGAGGACGAGGAGCGGAUAAUCAUCAACGUGGGUGGUAUGCGCCAUGAGACCUACAGGACCACGCUCAAGACCCUGCCGGGCACUCGCCUCUCGUGGCUCACGGAGCCCGACGCCUACAGCAACUUCGACUACGACCCCAAGUGCGACGAGUUCUUCUUCGACAGGCACCCCGGCGUCUUCGCGCACAUCCUCAACUACUACCGCACGGGCAAGCUUCACUGCCCCGCUGACGUGUGCGGACCUUUCUUCGAAGAGGAGCUCGCCUACUGGGGCAUCGAUGAGACGGACGUGGAGGCGUGCUGCUGGAUGACCUACAGGCAACACCGCGACGCCGAGGAGGCCCUCGACAGCUUUGACAAUGCCCCCGACGACGGCGGAGGAGGAGGAGGUGGCGACGGGGACGAGGAGUCCGGCGGCUCGGGCAGCAAGCGCUUCGGUGUCGAUGACCCCAGCGCGGCCGCCAAGUCGAACUGGUGGCGUCGCUGGCAGCCCAAACUGUGGAACCUUUUCGAAGAUCCUUACUCGUCCAAGAACGCCAAGUACGUGGCGCUGGCCUCCCUCCUGUUCAUCCUCAUCUCCAUCACCACCUUCUGCCUGGAGACUCACGAGCACUUCAUCCUGAAGGUCAACCGAACGGAGUUCAUCAAGCAGGGCAACGCGACGGUGGCCGUCAUCGUCAAGGAGGCCAUCACCGAGCCGGCGCUCAUGUACGUCGAGGGCGCGUGCGUGCUGUGGUUCACCUUCGAGUUCUUCAUGCGUGUCUCCUUCUGCCCGGACAAGAAGGAGUUCAUGAGGAGCAUCCUCAACAUCAUUGACUUCGUGGCCAUCCUGCCCUUCUACCUCGAGGUAGGGCUCAGCGGACUCUCGUCCAAGGCCUCCAAGGACGUGCUGGGCUUCCUGCGCGUCGUCCGCUUUGUGCGCAUCCUGCGCAUCUUCAAGCUGACGCGCCACGUCGUGGGCCUGCGCGUGCUGGGCCACACGCUGAGCGCCAGCACCAACGAGUUCCUGCUGCUCAUCAUCUUCCUGGCGCUGGGCGUGCUCAUCUUCGCCACCAUGAUCUUCUAUGCAGAGCGGCUGGGCACCAAGGAGGAGGACAUCAAGAACAACCACUUCUCCAGCAUCCCCAUCGGCUUCUGGUGGGCCGUGGUCACCAUGACCACGCUGGGCUACGGGGACAUGUACCCACAGACGUGGUCGGGCCGCCUCGUCGGCGCCAUGUGCGCCAUCGCCGGCGUGCUCACCAUCGCCAUGCCCGUGCCCGUGAUCGUCAACAACUUCGGCAUGUACUAUUCGCUGGCCAUGGCCAAGCAGAAGCUGCCCAAGAAGAAGAACAAACACAUCCCGCGCUCGGCGCAGAUCGCCGCGGCGGCCGCGGCGGCCGCGGCGGCCGCGGCGGCGGCGGCCGCCCCCGCCUCCGGCGCGUCCCCAAACUACUGCAAGUCGGACCUCAACUCGCCGCGGCCGAGUACGCAUGGGGACAAGUGCCCCCUCGCCGAGGACGAGACCAACGAGAUGAACAACCCAGGUUCCUGGGGUGAGAAAGUGAUUCCAGACCCUUUCAUGGAAGACUGCAGUUGAUGGAGAGAACUUUGCCCCUCUCCACGAAGUGUCAAGCUCAAGAGAAAACGCUGCGGUUAAAUUAUUUGGCCGAUCUCGCUUGGGCUCAUACCUGCUUUGACAGGGCCUGCGCUGGAGCUCGAUGAGCAAGCCCCAACUCAUGACUGUUACUGUAAGUGUAACAUUCAAUCUGUGUUGGAGGUGGUGGUGGCACACGCCCGUGUGGUGGCGAUUUGGAGGUGGGUUUUAGUGGAUCAGCAAGAGCUGGUUAAGUUCGCUGUGCUACGCUGUGAGAUUCCCAACCAAAUAGGGAUUACGAGGUGGCCGAUAGAUGGCAGCACGGAGAGACGAUUGCUGGCUUGUUUGCGAAUGAGAGAGUGUUAACACACACUCAUAUUAAGCGGUAUACUUUGAGUAGCCACGUUCACCAAUACUCAAUACUGUACAUUAAAUAAAACAUUGCUCAAACAUUCCAAUGCAAGACCACCUACCUGUCCCAUUUAGAAACAACGUGCGUUUAUAGUAUUUGGCUGCUAUACAUUUGCACGUGAUAAUCCACUGCAUUGGGCUAUCGUCGGUGGCCAGGUCGCUUCUAAAAAAACAGCUAUAUAGCUGUGGGCCUUACCUGAUAAAAACAAAGUUUCGUUUUAGUUUUUUAGUCCCCCCCCCCCCAGGGUAGAUCCUUCAUUAACCUAUAAAUUAAUCUGGAAUCAGACGUGGCUUAUCCUGCUGCUUCCCCCAGGUAAAUAUCCCAUCAGCAGGUGUCCGUCCAUUAAUACGGUGAAGCUCCUGCUCCUCCUAUCCGUGACUCCUGUUAUCGGAAAUCCUCAUAUAAUCCGUGAAAACGCCUCAAAUCACGGACAAAUAGAUGAUAAUAUUCGUUGUUUUUUUACGUGAAUAAGAAACACUUCACCCCUAGAAGUUCUGCUCGAAGCAAAAGUUAAUCUUGGUAGUGUUAUUGGGGAUUAUUGGUCUUCUAAAAUGUGGUCACAUAUCUAAAAUCAAUCCUUCUAUUCGUUUUUUUCUUGGAUAGGAAUCAUGGUGCCAAAAACGUAUCUCCUUAUCUGCAGAAUACGUUUAUGAAAGAGGAGUGACGGGCCUUACCUGGUAAAAUAAAUAGAAAAUAGUUGAGUUUUUCGUUUAAGUGAAUAUUAAUCCGGAUAAGAGGGUGUCCACUGCACCGAGUGUCACAGGUUCUGUCUGCCCUGUGAUAUAUGUACAGUAUAACCAAAGCCCCAUGUUGCUUUAUUGGAGGCGACUCAAGAUUGUCUCUACUCCUGUAAAUACAAAUAAUUAAAAGUUUGCCGGCACUCAUUCAUGCGCAAUUGUAGGCGACACAUAUAUAAAACAAAUAAUAAACCUUUUGCGUGUGCACAUAGUUGUGAAGCACUUACAAUAGAGGAUGAUCAAAUCAAACGUUUGAAAGCUUUUGAGAAACUGAAGCUGCUUUUAAUUUGGUUUAUUAGCUUAGCAGAUGCCGUUAGGUCGACGGCAUAUAUACAUCACGCGCAGUAUACGUUUAAAUGAGCAAUGGCCAAAUGUGCAAUUUUGUUGAGUGUAUGUAAUGGAUGGCACUUUUGUCUGCAGAUGGAUCUUGCUUCGGGAAAUUCGUGCCGAGCGUGUCCUACAUCGCUAACACUCCCAUUUGUUUCAGAGUCAAGGUGAAACACUGCGUGAAGAAUCCAUCUCCUAUGCUAUGUUGUAUCGUCAGUCCGGCACCCAACAGUUUGCAGACAAGAUUUUGUUUGCAAUUCCAAACACUAAACAUACGUACCAGGAAUGAGUUUCUUCUUUAAAAAAAUGUUUUAUUAGUUUUCCAGAUGACUUACGCCCAAUUGCAUAUACUUUUUUUUGAAUUAUUGGAGUAAUUAAAUUGAUUACUUUAUAGUCUGAAUCACUAUGUACCUAAUCCAAUAAAAGUAUAAUUACUUAAAAUAUAUUAAUUUAGCGUAAGAAACUUUUUUUUAAUAUUUUAAGACUAUUUAUUACCAUGACCCUUAGAUAAUUUUCACGAAGCUAAAAUAUAUUCGUUGCAAUCAUUAAACAUUCCUUAAUUAUAAUUUUCAUUUCAAAUCCGUUUCAUUGCCUUCCAACAAAACAUGUUCCAUCUCACGAUCGUGAGAACGAGGGCACUUUUAAUCCGGGAGUGUCUACUGUCUCGGGACACUUCCCCCCAGGGACCUCCUGCAUUUGGCAUUUUUUUCAAAGUCCUCGUUUGAGUUGUUUCUGCUCUGGAGAACGGGGAGAUCGUCAAUCGAUGUUCGCCGGUUGCCGGGCUGACGAUGCCAUGGAGUCGUGGACUUCCCACUUGACAGAGUGGUCCCACGUGAAGGCGAACAUCUCCCGCUCCACUUCCUUAUUGUAAUAAACGGGAACAUUAUUUCGUGUAGGUGGGAGACCUAUGCAUACCUGUCAAUCCCUUAUCAGUGCCCUACCUUAUUACAGACCAAUUCAGACCUGAUUGGUCACCCCAUGCCCCUUAUAAAUCUCAACGUUCAUCCUACAAAGUACCAUCGCAAGGGAGAAACUCAAACAAAUAGACAAAACAAAAUUGCUCGUAUUCAAACGGCUGUGGACCUGAAAACUCAACUUCCCUGUACAAGAAUACGGGAUAAACCGUAUGGGUUGACAGGUAUGCCGAUGCACCAGGCGGAAAUCGUACCGAUGCAUGGGAGGGAGAUAACUCAAAGUGCAUACAGAAGACUGGUUCACAUGUCUGCUGCUGUUGUUGUACUGCCAUCUGCUGGCCACCGACUCGAAGUGCAGCUGCUUAGCAGGUUUCACAAAUCCCUAUCGCAGCUGUGCGGCUCUGAAAGUGGCUUGCGACGUUUAAAGCUCCGACAAAGAUGAGACAAAGAGCCCCCGUAUAGCCUCAACAGACUGUAGGGGCAAGUGCUGUUAUCGAGCACCUAUGAAGACCGCCAUGGCACACGAGAGGCUGGGUGGCCAGCACCACGCACGGCCG